CAGUCUUUCAUCAUUCUGGGCUGUGUUCAUCAUUCUUUGGAUUUCGGCUUUCCUAAUUCAUACGACACGCAAACUUUGGAAAUUCCCUUUUUAUUUUUUUGGGCCAAUUAUUGGAAUUCCCACCUUUUCUAUCCACUGCGAGUUCCCAACUUCGCGGUGGCGAUUUAGAAGCCGAUGGCUUGCUGUAGAUUAGUGAGGAGACCAUCACGCUCUUGAAGGUCCUUCGCCGAAGAUCGUCGGCCAUCUUCUCUUCCAUCUCCGCUCCUGGCACCUGAAAAAGAAGGGCCAGCUUUUCCACCAUUAGAUCCAACGAACGGUUCGCAUUAGCUGCUUGGAGAGACCGCGGGAUGUCCCACACCAUUAAAAUAAGUGCAGCAUUUACAUGGUUCUCCACUACACCCAUCAUUACCGAAUCAGGUUUGGUGGUUGUGAAGGAAACCAGAUCAUGAUGCGAUACAAAGAGGAAAAAGAGGCGAAGAAGGAAGCCUUCAGGAAAUAUCUGGAGUCAAGCGGAGCUGUGGACGCUCUCACCAAAGUUCUUGUUGCUUUAUAUGAGCAAAAUGACAAGCCUUCCUCUGCCCUUGAGUUCAUUCAACAAAAAUUAGGCAGUACUUCCAUGGAAUAUGAAAAAUUGCAAGCCGAAUUGUCGGAUCUUCAAAUGAAAUAUGAUGAGCUUUUGGCGACACACCAGCAGACCUGCAAGGAGUUGGAGGAAAUAAAAAAUCCACAAGCCUUGGCAGUGACAGCAACUAGAGAAACGACUGACAGUGAAUCCCCAAAAAAUGGGCUCUGAAGUCUAUGCUAUAGGCGAAAACUUGCCAUUCUCGGAGCUCCAUACUCACGUAUGACUUGUUCUGCAACUUUGUGUCUUAUUCUUCCUUAUUUUGCCUUCCAUUUGUAGGACUGUUUGUCAUUAUGGGUCUGCACUGAACAAGGAUCGUGUUUCCUUAUCUUCAAUGAUGCAUGAAAUUAGGAAAUGCUCGAGGACUUUAUAAUUUGUUGCGAUUGUCAUCAUUGUAUACUAUUCUGAUUUCUGAUCCAUGUCAUUCAAUUUAUUUGUCAACAUUACUUUUUGGAUUCAGUAUCAGUCAGUUCUAAAAGUA